AUGGCUAUCAAACCAGUAUACAAGAAGAGAGCCUACCCACCAACACAACGGCCGGAUGGGAUCAUCAAAAAGACCGGAGUAUCAGCGACUGGAGAAAUGACCCAGGCACGACAGGCGAUCGGGAACGCGGCAAAAUCCAGAGGCAACAUCUACGACCGGACAACCGGUAAAACGCACACACGAGUACCUCCAACAACAGCAGCAGCAUCAUCAUCAUCGUCGAUAUUACACGCGGCAGAACCCCUCGAAUCUCCAACAAGAGAGGAGCGCGUUCAAAAGCAGAAAAAAGUCAAGAUCGUUAAACCACAAAAACAACCAAAACCUAAACCGUCCAAGAAACUCAAGGUCGUCAAGCCACCUCGGAUCUGGACACCUCAUCAGCCACGGAGCCAGCGGCCGCAACAAGCGAUCAAUGAUCAACCUCCAGCACCAGCACCACAAGGUGACGCCACGUCCAACAAUUCCCAUCCUCCAGGAACGAUCGAGCUUUUGAUCAAACAGCACGACGCGCAUCAGGAACGACUGUCGCAGCUGGCAACACGACCUCUUCCACUGCACGAGCUCCAGAUGCUGGUCUGUACAGAGUUGGAGCAGGAGCAUGAGACCCUAAAGGUCAUGGGGAUAAUGCUACACAAGGAGCUGCUCAAGUUGCGACUUGAGGAAGGUGUGAUGUUGAAUAUGCUCAAGCUCUCGGAAGGUGGCGUUCUGGAUGUUACGGAUCUGGAGAAAAUCAAGGCUCGCAAGCCCCCAUCAGCGCAGCAAUUGCAGGCGUACGACCGGAUGAACGAGCGUCAUUACCAAAAGAGGCUCCGGACGGCCAAGGCCGCUAGAGCUGCUGCUAUCGCCAUGAGAGCCGCGAUGGGUAUCCACACGGAAACAACAGAAGGAGACACCACUCUAUAUCAGAUCAAGCCCCGCGCUCGCAAGACUAGGAAGCGUCAGCCUCCUGCACGCAAAAUAUAUGAGACCGACGAGGGAGAUGAGGAUGGUCAAGGAGAGGAAGGUGGAGAAGAUCAAGACGAGGAAAGGGCGGAUGAAGUGGAGACCGAUACUGAUGCAGAGCCAAAUAGGCAUAGGUAUCAGGCUCCAGGAGAGUCCUACGCGUUCCGUCCUGUCACCUCUUCGGACCAGCUUCAAGGCCGAGGUGAAAUUGGCCGACCGGAGGCUUCUAGCGCACCGGCUUUCGCUUCGUUGGAGGAAAUCAAGCAGCUGGUUGUAAAGCGCGCUCUCAAGCGCACUGUAGACGAUAUGAUGGAGCAAGAGGCGGAUGACGAGGAUUUGUAUGAGCUUGAAUUCGACGAGCACGAGGAGCAACCUGGUGAGGAGCAGAGAGGUCAACAUGACGACGAUGAAGUGGACCAGCACACAGACAUGGAUAUGGAUGUGGACAACCAGUAUGGAGACGAGAUUGGCGAUGAGGGUGAAGAAGGAGAGGAGGAGGAAGGGGAAGGAGAUGAAGGCGAGGGUGGGUAUUAUAGCAGUGAUGAGGACGGCGAGGGACCUGGAGGCGACAACGAGGAGGACGAGGACGCGGCACGAUUGGCGUUGCAGCGCAUGUUGUCGAUCUACGGCGGCGGCGUCUAG